AUGGCGAAGAUGUCGUAUCUUCCAAAGGAAUUGGUAGAGGAGAUACUAUCUAGGGUUCCGGUGAAAUCGAUGAGAACAGUCCGUUUAACUUGCAAAACGUGGAACACUUUAUCGAAGCACCUGGGUAAAGCAACCCCGUCAAGGGAAGGGGAGUUGAUGGGGAUCUGGUUAGCAAAUUAUAGGGUUUAUUUGAUGAGUUUCAGUCACAACAACUCUGAGUCAUCUAUAAAGCCUAUAGGUGAACUUAUAAGCCUAACCGAUUCAGAUGAUGUGGAUGUAGCUUUUGUAUGUUGCUGCGAGGGUUUAUUGUUAUGCACCACAAAAGACUUGUCUAGGAUUGUGGUGUGGAAUAUGUAUACCGGCCAAACUCGGUGGAUAUGCGUCGAACCAAAUUUUGUUAACGGCAGAAAGCUCUCGUAUGUUUAUGCUCUGGGAUACGACAAAAGCAAAUCCUGCAAUGCCCAUAAAAUCUUGAGAUUUGCUUAUAAUCAUUAUCCGGAGAGAUGUCAUGUGACCGAGAUCUACGAGUUCAAGUCUAACUCAUGGAGGGUUCUUGAUGUCACUUGUGACUCGAUUGUCGAGUAUUAUGACUGUGGUGUAUCUUUGAAGGGAAAUAUGUUCUGGCAAGCUGCAAGUAAGGAUUUUGGAGAAGACGUACCUAAUGUCUUACUCUGCUUUGAUUUUACUGAAGAGAGAUUUGGACCUCAUCUUCCUCUACCGUUUGAGUCUUAUUAUCAUGAUAUUGUGACUCUGUCUUCAUUUGGAGAAGAGCAGCUUGCGGUGUUAUUCCAGCCUUCGAAUAGCUAUGGGAUGGAGAUUUGGGUUACUACUAAGAUAGAGCCCAGUGCCGUGUCGUGGAGCAAGUUCUUAGCCGUUGUUGAUAUGAGACCACUAUAUGAUGGUACUUUCCUUAUCGACGAGCUGAAGAGCCGCGUCGUGGUUUUUGAUCGAUAUCUAGAUGCAACGAACGCGCCUAGACGCUACAAAGCUUACAUCAUUGGAGAAAAGGGAUACUUCAGAGAAGUGGAUCUCGGGAAAAUUGCUGAACCAUAUAGUAAUUUGCCUACGUGCUCUUAUGUUCCAAGUGCAGUGUGUUCUUUUGACUCUUGGAUCUGA